AUGAAAAUAUUUUUUCAAUUGAGGAAAAUGUCAUCAGUUCUGCCUUUUUUCCUUGAAGGAGAGGUAGUCAAGGGUUUUGGAAGAGGUUCUAAGGAACUAGGAUGCCCAACAGCUAAUUAUCCUUUGGAAGUUGUAAAAUCUUUACCAAAAGGUUUGGAGCCAGGUGUUUAUUAUGGAUGGGCUCAAGUUGACACAGGACCUGUAUAUGAGAUGGUAGCAAAUAUAGGAUGGUGUCCUUUUUACCAAAAUAAAGAGAUGUCUGUUGAAACCCAUAUAAUGCACAAUUUCCAGGGUGAUUUCUAUGGUUCUAAUUUAAAAAUUGCUCUAAUUGGGUAUCUGAGGGGAGAGAAGAACUUCAAUUGUCUGGAUGCUCUCAUAGAGCAAAUUCGAGAAGAUAUAAAAAAUUCUGAACAAAAUUUAAAGCAACCCUCAGCACAAAGUCUUCGUAAUCAUAGCUUUUUCAAUAAAAGCAUGUAAUUGAUCAAUGAUCAAUAACUAUAACUGGAUGAGAUACAUAAGAUAUCCCAUUUCCAAAUCAAUUUGAAGUUAUAAAAAUAUAAACAAAUAUCAAAUUAUUUACUAAAAGGAAAUAGCUAUUGUUGGUUCAACUUUAAGAGAAUAGAUCCCCAAAUCACUAGUAAGGAAAUUAGCAAACAAUUCACAUCAAGAACUUUUAGUGUUGCACGUGCAUAGAAAUUUUAAUAUUAAAGUUUUGUCAACUGGGCUACAUUGUAUGUUUUCUACUAUAAUUUCAACUCUGUGCCAAUACAGUGGUAUGAGUUAAAACCUAGUUUACUAAAUCUUUAAAAAAUGUGCUGGUUGUUUUAAAAUUUCCCCACCUAAACUCAAAAUCCAACAUUGUACAGCUAUGCAUUUCAAAGAUCAAUUUAAAAUUAUUGGCAAUCAAAAUUUUAAAAACGUUUUGCACUUUUAAAAUACAAGCAGCAUAACAGCUAUAUAUUCAAUGCUAUAUAAUUAUAGCAAUACCAAUAACAUUUAAAAAAAAUCGCUCACCAGAAUGUAUCCACAUUUCUUUUCAAGAGGGGUUUACAUACAAUUAGGACAAUUGAAUGCAUGCAAAAUACAUGUUUCGGUUAGUUAUAGUAAAUAAGAAAAUGUUUUUGUUUCUAAAAAAUCGAAUUUAGAAAACCAUUGUUCCAUAUAAUGUGAUAUUGUUGACUAAUAAUAUAUAUAUAUAUAUAUAUAUAUUAAAG